ACAGUGUCGAAUCACUGCGUCCUUUUUCACUCGACGAUGCGUAGUUACCAUUUCCUUGUGUUACUGCUGUACGCGAUCACGGCGUGCGUCGACACCGACGCAUGGAGUACUUUAAGAAGAUUCACAAGUUUCUGGCAAGGAAACACCAUCCGACCGAAUGAAACUUCAUCGAGAGAUUCAUCGAGGAAUGCGUUCCAGUCGACCAAUGUCCAGACCGGUACACCGAAUUACAUCGCUCGAGAAAAACGAAUUUUCCCGUUGUUCACCGUGGUGAGAUUUGACAAUAACAUUUGUGUCGGGUUGAGCGGCGAGAAUGGAACCUGUAUAGCAGCAUCGGAAUGCUCGCAACGCGGCGGCGUGUCCAGCGGAAUUUGCGCUAACGGCUAUGGAGUUUGUUGCAUUGUAACUGUAUCCUGCGGCGAGACGACUAGCAAUAACAAUACCUAUUUCGUUAACCCGAAUUAUCCGUCGAAUUUCGAUGGCACGGAAUCUUGUCAGCUUAACCUCGUUAAAUCCCAUCCGGCUGUAUGCCAAUUCAGGUUGGACUUCAUGCAGUUCAAUAUAAGGGGACCAGAAACCACGAACAACCAGUGCAUUUAUGAUCAGUUCAUCGUGUCAGGGGGGAACCCGGUACCCACUAUUUGCGGUAUCAAUACUGGAAAUCACAUUUACAUUGACGCCGGUAUCGGGCAAACGAAUCCUGUCACGUUAACAUUCGUCACGAGCGGAAAUUCUUUCACCCGAUCCUGGAAAGUCCGGGUGUCUCAGAUACGUUGUGACACCAUAUACAGAGCGGAGGAGGGUUGCUUGCAAUAUUUCACCGGGAUAUCCGGUCAAAUAAAAUCGUUCAACUACGAUCCAACCACCGGAUUGCAAUUGUCGAAUCAGGAAUACAGUAUUUGCAUUCGAAUGGAAAGAAACUUUUGCGGGAUUCAAUACAUGGCGUGCCCGGCAGAUGGCCUGACCGUGGUCUCGUCCAGUUCAUCGCCAGCUUCGCAAAUGAUACGUAACAAUGCGUUUACGUUAACUGGAAACACGCAAGGGACGCAAAUCGCUUCGAUGACCGGAGCUGCCUGCCAGACCGACUGGUUAACGAUCCCGUGCGCGUCGAAUUUGGGUAGAUUACCGACCGCUACGACGAUGUGCGUAGAUCGAAUUUGCGGCGGAACUUUCAACGCGGAUAGUCAGAGCUUGAACUCGUCUUCCGUAGUUAGCACAGUGAAGCCGUUCAGAUUAAUUUUUCACACGGACAGUACCGAAGCACCGAACGACGUCGGGAAUAGGGGAUUUUGUUUGAAUUACGUGCAGCAACCUUGCACGACCAAGUUACGAUGAGCUUCUCGUUCGCUGUCUUUAUUCGGAUCCCGUGUAUAUACAGGUAACGUAGCUGCAACGCGGCAGGAGAAUCUCCUAUCACCUCGGAAGCCUCCCUCAACGCGCGGCUGGCCUUCUGUUCACCUUCGGCAGCGAUCACCUGCGAUCAACGCGAGUACAUUAUAUCCGUGAACCGAUGAGAUUCGAGAAGAUAACGAAACGGAAAGGCAAACCUUCGCGCGAGCCUCGCGAGCUGCUUCAGCUUCCGCGGCCAUGGCUCUCUGCAACUGGAUAGGUAGCCUCACGUCUUUGCUGCGAAACAUUGAAGAAUGCAAUGAUUUUCUUAGUAGAACUGUAUAUUUUAACCGUAAUUUUAUUUGACAAGAAAGAACACACAGUUUGUUAUAAACAUUGCAAGCAAAACACGUUCCGCGUCGAGCUGUUUUCGAACAAGUGUCAUUACAUCCCUACGGAACGUGUUAACGCGUUGAAUGCCGCACGAUUUUAUAAAGCGAAGUACACAAAAUAGGAAAAAUAUGAUAUUGAAUUAUUCGAUUGAAUUGCAUUAUUGUUAUUGUUGCACGUUCUUCUAGUUGAAUGUCACGAAAUUAGGUAGCAUUAUUUGUAAUAUAGAAAUGUUUCCAAAUAAUCGUCGUUUCAUUGAGUGAACCAUAGUAAUUCAAUUUGGGUGGGGGUCACCGGUGACCCCUACGACAUUCAACGU